AUGAAAACUCAGAAAAUCAGAAUAGGUCUCUUCUUUAUUUUACAAAUCUUAAAAUAUUUGUAUGCUGGAUAAAAUUAAGAUUGUGGAGGUUUUUUAACUAGCACUGGAAGUUUUAAUCUUAAUUUUAGUUAAUGCCUAUUUAAUUAUAUUAACCCUGCAUUACAAUCUGAUAUAGACAGCCUUAAAAAUUACUUCUUAGACACUAAUUGCUUAAAUUCAAGUUUAUUUCCCUAAGAUCAAACAAGUUACUUAUCAGGGAAUAGUUGUACUUUAGAUAAUCAAAUAAUAAUAAAAUAUACUUCUUAAAACCCGGCUACAAAGAUAUAUUCUAUUGGGUUUUCAUUUAAAUUUAAGGCAAUAAUUCCUUAUUAGCCAACUACUUUAUAUUCCAUUAUUGAAAUAAAUAAUAUGUAAUAUAAUAGUUUGUCUACCCAAUAGACUGUUAAUUCAGAUAAUUAUUACACUUCUUUACAUUUCUUGUUUUAAGAUAAGUAAAAUGUAGAUAGUAUAACUAUUAAAUUGACUCCAUUGAAUGUUAACCUUGGGUAAACAUAUCAAAUUUAUUUUACUGAAAUAAAUUUAGCUGUACAAUUUUGUCAAAUAAAUUGUGACAAAUGUGAUUAUAAUUAAAUAUGCUUAUAAUGUUCUUCUGGGUUUUAUUAUUAGCAAGCUAUUAACUAGUGUGUAAGUUCUUGUAAUAGUAAUUAAUUUGUAAAUUAAUAGCAAUAAUGUUAACUAUGCGAUAAUAACUGUGCAAGUUGUGAUGGUCCUAGCUCUAAUAAUUGCUUAUCCUGUAAUCCUGGCUCAUAUAUUGAUACAAUCUAAAAAAUUUGCACUUGUCAUUCAACAUGUAAAACUUGUGAUGGUCUUAGCUCUAACAAUUGCUUAUCCUGUUAUCCUGGCAUAUAUUAUAAUCCAAAUACAAAAAGUUGCAAUUGUGAUUCAACCUGUAAAACUUGUGAUGGUCCUAGCUCUAACAAUUGCUUAUCCUGUUAUCCUGGCAUAUAUUAUAAUCCACAGGCAAAAAGUUGCACUUGUGAUUCAACCUGUAAAACUUGUGAUGGUCCUAGCUCUAACAAUUGCUUAUCCUGUAAUCCUGGUAUAUAUUAUAAUCCACAGGCAAAAAGUUGCAAAUGUGAUUCAACCUGUAAAACUUGUGAUGGUCCUAGCUCUAACAAUUGCCUAUCCUGUAAUCCUGGCAUAUAUUAUAGUCCACAGACAAAAAGUUGCUCUUGUGAUUCAACCUGUAAAACUUGUGAUGGUCUUAGCUCUAACAAUUGCUUAUCCUGUAAUCCUGGCAUAUAUUAUAAUCCACUGACAAAAAGUUGCUCUUGUGAUUCAACCUGUAAAACUUGUGAUGGUCCUAGCUCUAACAAUUGCUUAUCCUGUAAUCCUGGCAUAUAUUAUAAUCCACAGACAAAAAGUUGCUCUUGUGAUUCAACCUGUAAAACUUGUGAUGGUCCUAGCUCUAACAAUUGCUUAUCCUGUAAUUCUGGCUUAUAUAUUGAUACAAUCUAAAAAAUUUGCACUUGCCAUUCAACCUGUAAAACUUGUGACGGUCUUAGCUCUAAUAAUUGCUUAUCCUGUAAUCCUGGCUUAUAUUAUUAGUAAGCUACAAAGCAGUGUGUACAAUCAUGUAAUCAAAACCAAUAUCCUAAUUAAAUCUCAUAGUUGUGUUAGUCAUGUGAUAUUAGUUGUGCAAGCUGUGAUGGAAAGGAUUCAAACAAUUGUUUGAGUUGCUACCCUAAUAGCUUUCUCUACAACAAAAGUUGUGUUAGUCUUUGCCCAAAUGGGUUUUAAAGUAAUAAUAUUUAGCUCACAUGCGAUUCAUGCUAAAAUUAUUUGAGCCUAUAAUGCAAUGCCUGCUACCCCACCUGUUAACUAUGUGAUUAAUCAUCGAUUUUAAAUUAAUAAUGUAAGACUUGCUAUAAUGAAACAAGAUAAUUAGAUGUUUUAAGUAAUACAUGUGUUUGCAAAAACUAAAAUGAUAAAAGGAAUAUAUUUUAUUAAUGCAGUUAUCAAAAUAUUGCUGUCCUUGAUGCAAAAUUAAGUGCCACAUCUCCAUAGCUCUCAAUUGAUUUUGGAUCUCCAUUGAUUAAUAUCAUAUCAAAUACACCUUAGUCUUUGUGCUCACAGAUAUUUGAUUAAGCAACUUUAGCCACGAUUGGGUUAGAUUCUUAAUGCUAAAUCAGUGGGAAUCAAAUUUUGGUUAAUUUAAGUGACUCAUCAACAAUAAUGGAAAAUAAUUAGAUAACUCUUUUGCCAAAUAAAUUACAGUUUGUAGAUUAUAGUGGAUACUUUAUUAACACUUUCUAUAGAAAUAUAAUUUUCUAAGAGCCUCCUGGAAUUCCUUAACUUCAAUUUAGUUAUAAUCACAUAGAAAACAGCUGCAACCCUAUAAAUAUAACUCUUUAUGGUCUUUAGAAUGACGCAGGAAGAAAAUUUAUGAGUUUUAAUUGGACUUUAAAUCAAAUAGUAGGCUCCAUAAGCAAUGACCAGUAAGAAAAUAUAAAGUAGAUUUUAUUAGAAGCAAGCUAAAACAAAAACACUAGUUUAAUUAUAGAUCCUAAAUUCAUACCUCCAAAUAUUAAUAUUGCUAUAUCUCUUAACUAUUUACUUAAGGUUAACUAAGCUGGUACUUAAACCUUCACCAUAGCUUAUCAAAAAUAAAAAUUUAUAAGAAUCACUUAUUAGCAAUCUGUAUAUCCACCAAUUUAUAGAUAUAUGAGCUUGAGUUUCUACUUUUAGUUCUACAUUUAGAUCUGUGAGCUUGGUUAAAUGACUUAUAUUAAUAAUGAGCCUAUUGAUUUACAACUAGUUUCUAACCAGCUAUAAAAGCAAAACUUAAAUCAAUAUAAUUAAAUGAGCUUUCAAUAUGAUAUUCUCCCAUACACCUUAGCAUCUAACUAAAAAUUUGAUAUGAGUCUGAUUUUAAAUUUGAGUUCAGAUAGUAAUGUUGUUGCCAUCCAAAAGAUAUCUGUUAAUAUUUAAAUCACAGAUUUGUAUUUAUAAAUUAUUGGAGGAUCAAGUCUUGUUUAAGGCUAUACUAAUAAAAUGGUCUUAAAUACAGAUUCGAGGGAUUAUGAGUUGCAAGAUCCAAAUUCUCCCUCAAAUAUCAACUUGAGUUGGUAAUGUUAUAGUCUUUCGUCUUAAGACCAUAUUUGCUAUGAUUAAUAAAAUAAUUAGAUUUAAUUGUAACAAGGAGCUAGCAGUAUUACAUUUCCUGCUAAAACGUUUUAACCAUACACUGCAGUUUAGUUUACUGUUGUUGGAUAAAAAGAUUCUAGACAAAAAAAAUACACAACUACUUGUAUUUUCACAGAAUUAGACGUACCUCCUCUAAAUAUUUUAUCUGCAGCAUCGCACAUUAAUCAAAAAAUUAAUUUGAAUGAUGACCUUAAUUUCUAAAUACUUUAUGGUGAGAAUGUUUCAUCAGAUUACUUGUCUUAUGCAGGAGCUAUACUAUACAAUAGUGAUCCAGUUGCAGCUAUUAAAUUUGAUUAUUUCUAAAUUAGAUUCAGAAUUUGGGACUAUUUUUAAAAUAUAAAUCCCUCAAAUCCAACACUUUAAAUAAGAUUUUCUGUGUACAAUCCUCUAUUUGUUAUGCCAAGCUUGUCUACAAUUAGCAUUUAAAUAAACAUUCCUCCUCAGAAUUGUGUUUUAAAUGUAAGUCCCUCAUAAGGCAUAGCCCUUGAGACUAUCUUCUAAAUUUAAUUCUUGAAUUGUAAAGAUGAAGAUCUUCCUCUGACUUAUCAAUUCUUCUAUUAUAAUAGUGCAGAUGAUGCCAAUCAAGAAUUGGUUUCUCCUUGGAAUAUUUUAAGAAGAUAAAUAUAAGAUUAGACUAUAAACAACUCAAUUCAAACAGUAUUGCCUAGGGGAAAUCUAGUUGUUAUGGCAUAGGCUAUGGAUUCUUACCUAGGAGUUUAUAAUACAUCUUCUAUAAUAAUGGUUUAAGCAUAGAAAAAAACAGCUGACGAAUAUUAUUAACUGGUCAAUCAACUCACUUCAUAAGCUCUAUAAAGCUCAAAUAAUUAAGUCAAUAACUAACUAGUGACUUUAAGCAUCAUAGCAGAAGACAUCAGUAAAAGCAAUUAGCUUUCAUAAUAAUUGAAUGAUUUCGCAAGUAUAAUGAUUUAAAAUAUAUAGCAAUUAUCUCUCUAAAUACCUAAAUUCUCCCUUUUGUCGACAUUUGCGAACAAAGUAACUGCUUAGUUAUCAUAUUUAAUCUUUAGCUCAUCAUAAUAAAACAAUUUUGCCAAAUAGAAAAAUAAUAUAUUUGGUUAAGUGUAAACAAUACUUCAAAAUACUAAUUCAAGCAUACAAAGUAGUAAUCUUAGUCAUUUACAACAAAACAACGAUAUUCAUAUUUAAAAUAUCGUAGAUUCUUUUAAAAUUUUAAACUCAAGCGUUACUUUGUCUAGUAUGAAUUCAUAGGAAGAUUUUUAAUCCUACGAUAAAAUAUCAAGUUAAAUUGGAAACUUGCUUAGUAAUAUUAGCUUACCAAACUAAGGACAAAUUAUUCUAAAUGGCGACUUGUCCAAUCUUUUAUCAGAUAAAAUAACAUAGAAAAACCUAUAUAAAUACGCUCUAA